AUGUCUUCUGUCCAGCACAAGUUCCUUAAGCAAAAGUCUGUUGGCGUUGUUGGCGUCCCUUUCUCUGGUGGCCAGCCUAGAGCUGGUGUUGACCUUGGUCCUCUCAAGAUCAUCGAGUUUGGACUCUUGGACCAACUCAAGGAACUCAACUGGCAGGUCAAGUUUGAUGGCCACCGCGAUUACACUGCCAUGAAGCCUGCCUCUGAUCCUCCAGUUGGCAAGCUCCUCAAUGCUCGCCAUGUUUCUGCUGUGACGGAAUCUGUUGCUGAAUCCGUUUCUACUCAUCUCAAGGAGGGCUCCCUUGCCCUUACCUUGGGUGGUGACCAUUCUAUCGCCUUGGAACUAGCACUGGAGAGCGGCAAUAUCCACGGCUGCCCUAUUUCCUUCUUACUUGGAAUUGCUGGACAGAUCAAUGAGUUUAGCUGGGUCAAGCCUUGCCUUAGCCUGAUCGCAUUGUCUAUAUUGGUCUUCGCGAUGUCGAUGCUGGCGAGAAAAAGAUCUUACGGGAGCAUGGCAUUAAGGCUUUCUCAAUGCACGAGGUUGAUAAGUAUGGUAUCUCUAAGGUUGUUUGAGAUGGCCAUCGAACAUAUUUCUCCCAACCUCUCACACCCUAUCCAUCUCAGCUUCGACGUUGAUGCUCUCGACCCUACAGUCGCCCCUUCCACUGGUACACCCGUUCGUGGAGGACUGACCUUCCGUGAGGGUCAUUACAUCUGCGAGGCUAUUCACGAGACCGGAUGUUUAGUUUCAAUGGAUUUGAUGGAGGUUAACCCUUCACUUGAGGAUGAUAACGCUGUCUUCCAGACCGUUACCAUUGGUUGCUCUUUGGUGCGCUGCGCUUUGGGAGAGACUCUUCUCUUAAAUCAUUAA